AAAAUAUGACCCAAACUGCAUCCUGUAGUCAACGUGCUUUUUCAAUGACAUUUCGAAACAUAUCUGCGGCUUUCGUAAGGACAGAAGUAUCGUCAAGAUGCUGAUGAAAUACUCUGUGAUGGGUUUAUUUGGGGCUGCCCGCAUCGCCGGAGCCGAGCUAAGAAAGGUACCUGUCUCUCAGCACAUGAGGUGUUUGCAUACUGGCUGCGUGAGGCUAGCUGUGGAUAAAGCUCUUCUCAUGAAGCUGAGGAAGAGCACAGGCUACACCUUCGUCAACUGCAAAGCUGCACUGGAGAAGUUCAACAACGACAUCACACAGGCAGAGAACUGGCUGAAUGAACAGGCCCAGAAAGAAGGCUGGAGUAAAGCCAGUAAGCUAGAGGGUCGCAAGGCAAAGGAAGGACUCAUUGGCGUCCUGACACAGGAUACAAGUGCUGUCAUGGUGGAGGUGAAUUGCGAGACAGACUUUGUGGCCAAGAAUGAGAAGUUUCAGCAGCUCGUGAAGGAUGUUGCCCUGAGCACCAUGGAGCACCUGAAUACUAAAGCAGCAGGGAAGGCAGGAUACAUGAAGAGCACCCUACAAGCAGAGGACCUGGCCAGCCUGAAUGUGUCUGGAGGCUCCUCAUUGGCUGACCAGUUGGCCCUGUUCAUUGGUCGACUAGGUGAGAACAUGUCUGUGACGCGAGCCGUGUGUGUGCGCGUGCCGACCGGCUGGAAGAUCGGCUCGUACGUGCACGGAGGUUCGGCGCAGGGCAUGACAGAGGUGGCGAUGGGCAAGUACGGAGCGCUGGUGGUGUUCCAGAGCGCCGAGGGUUCCGACACGCUAGGCAGGAAGCUGGCGCAGCACGUGGUGGGAGAGGCGCCUGAGGCGCUAGGCAACAUGGACGACCUGCCCUGCGGCCAAUCAGAAACCAGGCUCCUCCCACAGGCGCUCAUGUGGGACGCCAGCCUCACCGUGGCCGAGUUUCUACGGCAACAGAAUGCCAAGGUGUUGGACUUUGCACGCUUCCAGUGUGGGGAGGCGAGCAAGUGAGGGACCACUGAAACAUGGGACGGACUGUCUCUCUGUUUUGUUACAUACAGUAGCUGUUGUCAUACAAUUCACUCAUUUUCCCUCCUAUCAACUGAUUCUCGGACUGAUGAAGCUGUGGGCUGUUUCCCUGUUAGCUCAGCUGUGAAGCAUUACUGACAUGAUGAUGAAGCCAAGCAUGGUAUUCUUAAGAGCGCUUUGAACAGUCGCCUUUGUAAUACUUGUUGUGAUGGUCAUGCUUGUCCGCUUGUCUCAUCAGGAUUAUAUUGACAUGAUGUGACAGCCAAAUGAGACGACUGAAUAACAAGCCUUAUGAAUUCAACCCAAACCUUAAAUGCUCAAGUCAAGACCAGUUAUGACAUCAGCUGAUUACCAUAGUCCUCUAUAUCAGAUGCUUGUGAUGAAAUAAAGUUUUAUGUGUAUUCAUGUA